UGGUGAGACCUGAGGGGUUUUGGUAAACAUGCCAUCAAACCUCACCGGCUCAAAUAGCACGACAAUUCCCCCGGACGCUCACCGCAACUUUCCCGCCCUCAUCUUUGGAAUAUUGCUCAUCAUUGUCAUCAUCUGUGGAAAUCUGCUCGUGUGCAUUAGUGUUUACACGGAGAAGGCGUUAAAAACAACUACAAACUACUUCAUCAUUAGUUUAGCUGUCUCAGACUUGUUACUGGCGGUGCUGGUAUUGCCGCUCUUCGUGUAUGCUGAGUUCCAGGAUGGCAUCUGGUCCUUGAACAUGUCCAUCUGUGAUGCCCUGAUGACCAUGGAUGUGAUGCUGUGCACAGCCUCCAUAUUCAACCUCUGUGCCAUCAGCAUCGACAGGUUCAUCGCCGUGAAUGUCCCUCUGGCCUACAGCAGGAAGCACGUGGACCAGAGGCAGAUCCUCCUGCUCUCGGGGACCUGGGUCCUGGCGCUGGCCGUGGCGUCGCCCGUCAUCUUCGGCAUCAACAAGGUCCCGGGGCGCAGUCAGAGCGAGUGCAAGCUGGAGGACAACAACUACGUCAUCUACUCCUCUGUCUGCUCCUUCUUCAUCCCCUGCCCCAUCAUGCUGCUGCUGUACUACGGAAUAUUCCGGGGCCUGCGGAAGUGGGAGCAGUCUCGGAAGGCCAAGCUGAGGAGCAGCAUGCAGAUCUCGCAGAAGCUGCAGGAAGCCGCCGGCGUUACCGCCAUGGCCCCACCGCUGGCAGGCGCCCAACCCCCCCCACAGCUACCUCCCGCCAUAAAGUGCGAGCUCACACACGUGAACCUGCACCCCGCCAAAGAGCGCAAGCUCUCCGAGCUGAAGCUGGAAGAGCUGGACCAAGAUCCAGACACAGACCAGGCUGUCGCGCUGCCCCCAGACCCUAACCUCGACCGUAACCUCGACCGUAACUCGUCCCAGCCGGUACCAGCGGUGGCCUACUCAAACCUGAGGCCCAACCAGGAGCUCAGGAGGAACAAAAUCAACCGCAGGGAGAGGAAGGCCAUGCGAGUGCUGCCUGUAGUAGUAGGUGCCUUCCUGCUGUGCUGGACGCCGUUCUUCGUGGUGCACAUGCUAGGGGCGGUGUGUGACAUGUGUGAUGUUCCGUCCGGACUCAUGAGCACCGUCACGUGGCUUGGCUACGUCAACAGCGCCGUCAACCCCAUCAUCUAUACCGUGUUCAACACAGAGUUCCGCAAGUUCUUCAAGAAGUUCCUACCCCGCUGUCGCUGACCCUUAAGGCCUGGGGAACCAGUGAACUACAGGGGAACCGAUGAACUACAGGGGAACCAAUGAACUACAGCAGUGGUUCUCAAACUAGGGGUCGGGACCCCAAGUGGGGUCGCCAAACGUUUUUUGGGGGUCGUGAAAUG